AUGGCGCUUAAUGUCAUCAAAGAAACCAAACUUACGGCUGCAUUGUGCCGCCUUAGCCCCCCCGCAUCUCCUUCUAAACGAACCACCAAGGCGUCGCGAGGGUCUUCCAAGAUCCUGGCUGCAUUCGACGCCGCUAUGGCUACGGAUGAUCGUCCGCCACUUGCAGAGAGCGGUGUGCAGAUUGAAUCCACGUCUACGUGCUCAAAGUCUAGCCUUCAUCCUUUCUUCCUCAACGCAAAUCACUCCCAUCCAACGCCACUUAUGCAGAAGCCGAAAGUGGCGAAGACGAAGACGAGCUCGUCGAGCUCAGCGACCUCCGCGCUCCCUGGAAGUGUCUCAGGAUCCUCCAGACAGGGAAAGUCUACCGGUCGCGCGCACUCGCGAAGCAAGACUACAGCAAUGAACGCGGCGCCUGCAUUGCCCCUCUACUCGUACAAAGACUACAACCCCACGCCGGCCGUGGUAUAUGUUCGUCACGAAGAGGAGGCGGAUGAUCUCGUGCAGGCACUCAGCGGACCGCUGGGCUUCGACAUGGAAUGGGUCAUCUCGUGGAGAAAUAAAAGCUGUGCUGAGCGUCGCACUGCGGUGGUCCAAUUGUGCGACAAGCGGAUGAUUCUCAUAGUCCAGCUCAGCGAGAUGAAGCGUUUUCCGCAGAAAGUUAAGGAAAUCAUCGAGUCGCAGGAUAUCGUCAAGAUGGGCGCGAAUAUCAAGAACGACGGCGAGAAGCUCUACCGCGACUACGGCAUCCUUGCGGCGAACCUCGUCGAGCUCGGAGCCUUCGCGCACCGCGCCGACGCGACCUUCGCGCAUACGCACAGGAGGUCGAUCGUCGCGCUGGCGAAGGUAGUCGAGCACUACACAUCAAAGACGCUCGACAAGGGCGCGGUGCGCUGUAGCAACUGGGAGGCUGCGCCCUUGAGUGAGGAGCAUAUAACAUACGCUGCGAACGACGCACACUGCGCACUGGUCGUAUACAACCGCUUGCUCGACAUAGCAGCAGAGCAAGGACGGGCUCUCGGCCCAGCGCCAUACGGCAACCAAAUCGUUCCAGGUAUGCGGUCGACCAACGGUACCAGCAGUUCCAUCUCGCUGGCCAGCUCCACUAGCUCGAGUCAUCGCACCGUGUCGUACGUGAACGACGUCGACGAGCUCCUAGACAGACCACGCCAGAGUCCGCAGCAUCUGCGCGCGUAUAACCUCUGGCAUCAUCGCGAGGCGCCUCUCGCAGAGAUCUGCGCGACCCUCAGGUCGAGGGAGAACCCGCUCAAGGAGAGCACCGUUAUAUCGUACGUCGUACGCGCGCUGCAGGUAGACCCGUCUCUGCCGUUCUCGAUGGACCGCCUCAAGGCGCUUGUACAGUUGGAGGCGGGAUCUUGGGCGAGACACCGCGAUUGGAUUGUCCAAGCGGAGUCGCGGAAGAGCUAGCGCAUGAUACUUACCAGUGGAUGUAACGCAGCUUGGCAGGACGAGACGCGAACUUGAACCAUCUACAAGUAACAUUUAUACUGUAUCUUUGCUGCAUAGACGGCACGAAUGGGCUGGGCAGUCAGUUGUGUGUAUAUGUAUGUAUGAUGCCCGUGACAAUGAGGUCGUUGCAAUGCCAUUGUGAACCUGCCACCGGCCAGGCGAUAUAUUGCCUAGAGUUCACUUCAAAACCGUGGCGACACGUACCAAGAGACCGACGCAGUAGACGAUGUUACGUCCGUAUCGACCUCGUCCGACAUUAGUGCCUGUUAGGUUAGGCAGACGACACAGACCACUAAAGCGCAACGCAACGAAAUGGAAGAAA